AGAAGACCUUUUUGGGAUAGAAAUCAUAAUACAGAACUUAUAAUUGAAAUAUGUGAUGGUUUACGUCCACCAAUUAUUACAAAUGCACCUGAAGAUUAUAUUGAUUUAAUGAAAGAAUGCUGGCAUUCUGAUCCAGAAAAAAGACCAACAGCAGAUGAAGUAUUAGAAAAAAUUAAAGAAAUAUACAAAAUUGAAAAAACAAAAUUUUAUUACAGAACGAAUGAGACUAAAAUUAUAAAAUCAUCAGAUAUUGGACCUAUAACAACAAAUAAUCCUGAUGCCAUAUAUAAGAGUAGAUAUUUAAGUGGUAUGAUAAAAUCUGCAGCUUCUACAAGAAGUUUAAGAAGCCAAUCUAAUCAACUCGAUUUUUACCAAAGAAAUUCUAAUGAUAAAAGAAAGUUUGAAGAUAAUCACUUUAUCAAUGGUACAGGUAAUAAAAAGAUCAAACCAAUUGAAGACGAGAAUAAUGAUUACGAUAUAAAAGAACUUGAACUUGAUAUCAAUAUAAAUUCUAAACAAUUUAGUGAUGAUGAAUAUAUUACUAGCGAAAUCAAUUUUGAUAUUUAA